GACUCGGCGCGCGAGCCCUUGCAGCCUUGCAAACCCGAGCGGAGGAGGAAGAGGAAGAGGAGGAGGAGGCGGCGGGAGGCGGGCGGGCUGCCGCAGCGACGGGCUGCUGUCAUCACUUGGAAGGAAGCCGGCCCGGCUGCUCGGGCCUUGCAUUUUUUUUUCUCUUUUGACCCCGCUGCUUUUGCGGCCUUUCCUUGCAACGCCCCCGUGCAAACCCCCUUUCCCCUUCUCCGCCGUGCAAAGCAUCCCCUUCCAGCAGCCUCUUGCAACCCUCCUCAAAAAAAGAGGGGGGUGGGGUGGGGGUCUCCUGCUUUUUUCCCCCCGGCUGCUUCCUUUGCAUGCCUCUCCGUGCACGCUUUUCCCGGGGAGCUUUUGCCCCCUCCCCUUCCUCGGUUUUGCAAGCUGCGCCCUCUGCCCCUCUCACGCCCACCCGCCUUGCCUUGGCUGCCGCCGGCGGGCGCCUCUGCCUCCCCUUUGCAGCUGGCACCUGCAUCUCGGGGUCCCCUUCUACCCCACCCACCCAACCCUUAGGCUCCCUUAUGUCCGGGUCUGCCUUGGCUCCAGCGGCCGGCGGGGGUCCCUUUUGGCCUUGAGCUUCGCCCCCUGCAUCCCCAUCUCUGGCCUGAAGUGGUCCAGCAAAGUGGUCCAGGGGCCGCUUCAGCAUCUUUGCAGCAUCCCUUGAGCAUCCCUGGCCUGGGAUCCGGUUGGGACCUCUUGGAAGGGGUGGGGUUGGUACCCGCGCCUUCCUCUCCAGCCCCGAGAUGAGCUUCUUUGGGUUUGGACAGAGCGCCGAAUUGGAACUGGUGCUGAGCGAUGCCGAGAGCAGGCGCCGGGCGGAACACAAGACGGAGGAAGGCAAGAAGGAGAAGUAUUUCCUCUUUUACGACGGCGAGACCGUCUCCGGGAGGGUCAUUUUAACCCUCAAGCACCCCAACAAACGCCUGGAACACCAGGGCAUCAAGGUGGAAUUCAUUGGCCAGAUUGAAUUAUACUACGACCGAGGGAACCAUCAUGAAUUUGUGUCGCUGGUAAAAGAUUUGGCCCGUCCUGGUGAAUUCACCCAGUCACAAACUUUUGACUUUGAAUUCACCCAUGUGGAGAAACCGUACGAAUCGUACACUGGGCAGAAUGUGAAGCUGAGGUACUUCCUCCGGGCCACCGUGAGCCGUAGAUUGAAUGACGUGGUGAAAGAGAUGGACAUUGUGGUGCACACCCUUAGCACGUAUCCGGAGCUCAAUUCCUCCAUUAAGAUGGAGGUGGGGAUUGAAGAUUGCCUACACAUUGAGUUUGAGUACAACAAAUCCAAGUACCACUUAAAAGACGUGAUCGUAGGGAAAAUCUACUUCCUUCUCGUCCGGAUCAAGAUCAAACACAUGGAGAUUGACAUCAUCAAGAGGGAAACCACUGGCACGGGGCCCAACGUCUACCACGAAAACGACACCAUUGCCAAAUAUGAGAUUAUGGACGGAGCCCCUGUGAGAGGUGAGCUGGAGGAGCCAUCUCCAUG